AUGGCAAGCAUCUAAAAGAAUUGGAUAUCGGCUGAGAGCCAUUGACUUCUUGUGCAGGAAAGGUUGCUGGUAUGGACUGAUUUAACUGAAAAUUUGUAAUGCAGCUUCUUCCAACAAAAAUUAAGCACACAUUAGCUAAGCUUAAACAAAUAACCCCUUGAGCAGUUGCCCACAUCCACAUGGCCGAAACUCUUGAAUCGCUAGUGUUCAAGCCAGUUCAGGAACUGGCCGUGGAUUGUAAAACAAUCCCAGAAAGAUAUAUUCUUAAGUGCCCUGAUGAGGCCUUUUAUGUUGAUCCUCCAGUGAUAGAUAUUCCGGUCAUUGAUCUUAAUUUAAUACAAUCUCCAUCACCUUCUGCAGAUCAAGUACUUGAAAAACUAAGAACAUCUCUAAGUUCAUGCGGCUGUGUUCAGGUAAUUGGUCAUGGAAUGACAAAUUCACUUCUUGAUCAAGUGCAUAGUAUUGGCAGAGACUUUUUUGCACUUCCACUGGAGGAAAAACGCAAGUGCUUAAGAACUGCUGAGGGCAGUGAAGGAUAUGGGAAUGCAUCAGCGCAUUCAGAUCAAAUUCAUAAUUGGUCUGACCGCUUGUAUCUUACCACAAGCCCCGAAGAUCAGAGGAAGUUAAAGUUUUGGCCUCAAAAUCCGGAAAACUUUAGGGAAACAUUGCAGGAAUACACUGAGAAGUUGGUAUUGUUAAAUAAAGUUGUCUUAAAGGCUUUGUCAAGGUCAUUGAACUUGAAAGAGAGCUGCUUUUUAGAUCAAUAUGGUGAAAAUACACACUUGCUCACAAGAUUUAACUACUACCCUCCCUGCCCAAGGCCUGAUCUUGCACUCGGAAUCAAAGAGCAUUCAGAUGCAACAUUUAUUACAUUCCUUUUGCCGGACAAUGAAGUAGGAGGCCUUCAAGUCUUGAAAGAUGAUCAUUGGUUUAGGGUACCUACUGUCCCCAAUGCUCUUUUCAUUAAUAUUGGUGACCAAGUUGAGAUAAUGAGCAAUGGGAUAUUCAAGAGUCCACUGCACAGAGUGGUAACGAAUUCGGAAAGAGAGAGGCUGACUGUGGCUGUAUUCUGCACUCCGGAUUCUAGUAGGUACAUUGAACCAGCAGAAGCCCUGAUUUCAGAAAAAAGCCCGAGGUUAUACAAGAAGGUCAAUAAUUAUGUUCGUAUUUAUUUUGAGAACUUUCAGCAGGGAAGGAGAGGUAUCGAAGCAGUAAAAAUCUAAUGUCAUCCCAGUAGGCAAAACAUGAGGCAAAAGUUUGAGAACAUGUAAAUUGUAAAAUAGACUAUCUUAAGCCCGUCUUUGGCAGCAAAUGUAUAAUAUUGUCUUUCUUGAUGGAUCAUGAUGCAUGAUUCCUAGUUCUAUGUUAUUGCUUGGGGGUAAAUAAAAGCAUUUUGCAUGCACCAGUUCAAUUAAGGCAUCAUUUUACACUGUUC